AUGGAUAAGGAAAGGGUGCCGCAAGAGCAAAACGGGCAUAUUCGAAAUCUGCAAGAGGUAUUUGAGUACGCUGUCGAGAGAGGGCGCCUUGAUCCGCACGUAGCACAAGGUCAUGCAUUUGAUAAUGGCAAUUUGGUCUUACCCGUGUAUCAGUCUCUCGGACCGUCACAAGUCGCGGUCAUGGGGGGUGCUUUCGACCUUUUAGCAAACCCAGAAGGCUAUGCUGGUGUUGGUCCAGGAGCA